AUGUUCCACAAUUAUUCCAACAUUUAUCCAUCUACUUCUGGUUUGGUUUUUGAACAAAAUCAGACGAUUUAUUUGGACCAAUGUGCUGUGCAAUAUCAACCAGUUCAACCUGAUUUUUAUUACAAUGAGCCAAUGCAAUAUUUCGUUCCUGUGUUCCAACAUCCAGAAUGCAUCAUUGCUCCUGAUUCACAACCAAUUUAUGAUGUGAAUCUAGAUUAUGGUAUCUAUGAUAACUUGGAUUGUACUCCUGAAGGCACAGUUUUCCCAGUCGAAAUCAACGGAACAGUAUACUACUCGGAUCCAAGUAAGUUUUUUUUAUUUUUAAAAUUAUACGAGCUAGGGAGUCUCUCAUUUUUCCGCUGAAUUUAUUAUUCAAUUCAUACAAAUAUUUGUAAAAUUAAUCAAUGAUAAAUUUCAGGCAAAUCUUCUCACAAUGUUUAUGAAAACAACGACAUUUUCGAAUUGUUUUCAAGUAUGAAAACACCGAUGGAAGAAUUAAUUGCGAAUGGAUAUCCAUAUUUUGACGAUCGCCGAACAAAAAUGGUGACAAUUGAGAAGACCAAAUAUGAUUUGUUGAAAAAUUGGAUCGAUAAAGAUGAGAAAAUCCGAACUUGUAGCAGAUGCAAAACCGAUUAUGAACUUGAGAAUAAUGGAACAGGCGAAUUCAAUCAUUGCAUUUAUCAUCCAAAAGGAGUUCGCUUUGAUAACAGUGAGUUUUUUCUAUUGAAAUUUUUUAAAAUUAUUUGAAAUAUUUUUAAAAACUAUGAGAUUUUUUCUGAUAUUUCGAGUUUUGUAAAUUUUUUGCAAACAAGUCCUCAUUUGAGACUAAAUUAUUUCAAAAAAUCAGUUUUAAAAAUAAUAAAUUCAAAUUCAAAAUAAUUUCCUCAUUUCCAGCUCUCAAUUGUAUGAUCCGGAAUUGCUGUGGUGAAAUCGAAGGAGAUACAAAAGGAUGUCGAGCCGAUAACAAACACAUCCACAAUCAAUGGUUUGCCGAGGAGCUUGAGAACUUUACAUCAACUUCGAGGCCAACGCAUCAAGAAGAUCCAAGAUCGAGAAGCAUUUAUGCUCUCGAUUGUGAAAUGGUGUCUACCUUGGAGGGAUUGGCAUUGGCUCGAUUAUCAGUGGUCAAUUCAGACGGAAACUUGGCAUUGGAUGUUCGAGUCAAACCGCCAACAAAAGUUGUCGAUCCAAUGACUGAGUUUUCUGGAUUGACAUUGGAAGACAUCGAAGCAGCGGAGGAUGAUUUACAAUCGGUAUGUGCAAAAAAUUGUUUUUCAAAUGUUUUAAAAUCAAUUUAUUUUUCAGUGUCAACAGAAAUUCUUCGAACUCGUCAACUCGGAGACAAUCUUGAUUGGCCAUUCCUUGGAAUCGGAUCUCAAGGCACUCCGAUUGGUGCAUUACAACAUUAUCGACACCGCAAUUCUGUACAAAACUGGAAAAAAUAAGCCGGCACUUAAAAUGUUGGCCUCAAAAGUUCUCGGAAAAUCGAUUCAAUCGGAAAAUCCCGAAACUUUUGGUCACGAUUCCGAAGAGGAUGCUAGAACUUGCAUCGAUUUGAUUGAACAUCGCAUUGCUCAAUUGUAA